GAACCCUUCCAUAUAUCACUUCGGUUUCUGCCUUAUCUUUCUAUCUCCUCCGGGUCCCACUCCUUCCUCUCCUAGUCCUCUCUAGAGAGACAGAGAGAUCUUCGAAGCUGUUUCUUUCUUGCUCUUCUUUGAUCGGGAUCGAGUAGGAGGGUCGACCAGCAUGACCAAGGACAGGAAGAUCGGAGUGGCCGUCGACUUCUCCAGGGGAAGCAAACUGGCCCUGAAAUGGGCCAUCGAUAACCUCAUCGACAAAGGCGACACUCUCUACAUGAUCCACAUCAAGCCCUUCGUCGGGGACGAGUCUCGCAACCUCCUCUGGUCCGCCACCGGCUCUCCUCUGAUACCCCUAUCGGAGUUCCGGGAGAAGGAGAUCGCCCAGAAAUACGAUGUCGAGCUUGAUCCCGAGGUCCUCGACAUGCUCGACACCGGUUGCCGCCAGAAACAUGUGACUGUGGUGGUGAAGAUAUACUGGGGCGAUGCAAGGGACAAGCUAUGCGCGGCGGUCGGCGAUCUCAAGCUCGAUUGCUUGGUCAUGGGUAGCAGAGGCCUCGGCACCAUUCAAAGGGUGGUCCUUGGGAGCGUGACCAGUCAUGUGAUGGCGACCGCGACUUGUCCGGUGACCAUUGUCAAGGAUCCGGCUUCUCAUGGUUUCUGAUCGAUCUGGACUUUGCCAAGGGACGACUGAUUGUUUCGUUUAUAGUGUUUGUACUUCCGAUGUUGGAAUGCGCUGCAUAAGCUUUCGCUCUUUGUUUGCUGCUUUCUGUAACUGGAGUUUGAUGGACUAGUUUGUAUUUCAGCUCUUGCGGGUAUCUCCCUAAUUCUAUUUCCUUAUGGAUGAUUUGAUUA